AAAUUACCUCAUCGCCCCAACUCCCCGCCCCUUUCCCAAACCUGGAAGAAACGGUCCCUUCGGGCGGGCCGGUGUCUGCGCUCCGGAUCCCCAAUCCCCAGCCACGCUAGGGUGGCGGAGCCGUACAGGACCUGUUUCACUGCAGGGGGAUCCAAAACAAGCCCCGUGGAGCAGCAGCCAGAGCCAGAGCAGCCGCAAGACAUUGUUUCUCUCCCUCUGUCCCCCUUCCCCACGCAACCCCAGAUCCAUUUACACUUUACAGAGCAUUGUGCAGCAAGUCACCAGGGUGGUCCAUUCAAGCUCCAGAUCUAUCUGUCAUUGUUGGACAACAACCUCCUCUUCCACUGGCUCAACAGGGAAGUGCGUCCCAGCAAACUGGAGCCUAAUGAAAGAAACUGUUUUGAAGACUCAAAAGUUGUGCUGCUCUGGACCAUGAACAAGACAAAGGGGACUUCAGCCUGCACAAAUCACCUGGAAUCCUGAUUGACUUCUGGUUCAAGUGUCUUACAUUGAGUUUCUUCUGUCACCUAUUGUACUCAAGCAAAAUCUGUGGGAAAAGCUCUACUGGGAAGGAGCCCAUUGCUUCUGGUCUCCAGUGGAUGAAAGCAGAUGGUAUAGAGGGUCUUUUGCUUUUGUCCAGAGCUGGUCCUGAACCAAGAUUUCCUCCCCCCCCCCCAUCUCCUGAGUGGCUGGAAUUACAGGCACAUGCCACCAUGGCCAGCUAUCCUUCCCUUUGGUGGACACUUGUUUUCCAAAGAAAUUAGACCAAAAUUUUCUCAGUGACAAGACACAAACCUGCUGUGUUCAGAGGGAAUUUCUCGCUUUUCUGUACAAGGAAGGAAGAAUAGACCAGACCCUAAAGCCCCGGCUUCUGUGGGAAACUUCCAUGGUGAAGUACAAGCCAAGGCUACUUGGGAACCGUGAGCAGUGAAUGUUGAUCCGGAGCUGCCGCUGGCCCAGUGCGCCCUGGGGGAGAUGAUUCCUCAUGAAGAACCUGGGUCCCCUACAGCCAUCCAAUGUGACCUUCCGUGUAUCAGACUGAAAUCCCAGCUCGCGCCACAGUGAAAGCAGCCACCGUGGAGGGGGGACGGCGAAAAAUGAAAUCCAACCAGGAGCGGAGCAAUGAAUGCCUGCCUCCCAAGAAGCGCGAGAUCCCCGCCACCAGCCGGCCCUCGGAGGAGAAGGUCACCGCCCCGCCCAGCGACAACCACCGGGCGGACGGCCCGGCGGCGGUGGCAGCGGCUGCGUGGCUCCCUGGCCACCCUCCGGGCAGCCGGGGCCCAGGGGGAGGGCGGCACGGGCCGGUGGGGCCUUCCACCGAGCUUGGUUUACAACAGGGAAUAGGUUUACACAAAGCACUGUCCACCGGGCUGGACUACUCCCCGCCCAGUGCUCCCAGGUCGGUCCCCUCGGCCACCACGCUGCCCGCGGCCUAUCCUCCGCCGCAGUCGGGGACCCCGGUGUCCCCGGUGCAGUACGCCCACCUGCCGCACACUUUCCAGUUCAUGGGCUCCUCCCAGUACAGCGGACCCUACGCCGGCUUUCUCCCUUCACAGUUGAUCUCCCCCUCGGCCAACCCCAUCACCAGUACGGUGGCCACGGCCGGGGGCGCCACCACUCCAUCCCAGCGCUCCCAGCUGGAGGCCUAUUCCACUCUGCUGGCCAACGUGGGCGGUCUGAGCCAGGCCGCUGGGCACAAGAUCGAGCCGCAGCAGCAGCAGCAGCAGCCGCCACCACCGCCGCAGCACCUGGGCAGGACCCCCGGGCUCCUCACCCCGGGGUCCCCUCCGCCCACCCCACAGAACCAGUACGUGCACAUCUCCAGCUCUCCGCAGAGCGCCGGGCGCACGGCCUCGCCGCCGGCCAUCCCCGUCCACCUGCACGCGCACCAGGCCAUGAUCCCACACACGCUCACCCUGGGCCCUUCCUCCCAGGUGGUGGUGCAGUACGGCGGCGACCCCAGCGGCCACCACUUCGUCCCCCGUGAGCCCAGCAAGAAAGACGGAGGCGGUGGCGGCAGCAGCAGGCUGCCGCAGGCCAAGGAGGUGUUGAACGGGGAGAUGGAGAAGGGCCGGCGGUACGGGGCGCCCGCCUCUGCCGACCUGGGAUUGGGCAAGGCGGGCAGCAAAUCGCUCCCGCACCCUUACGAGCCCAGGCACGUGGUGGUGCACCCCAGCCCCGCGGACUACAGCAGUCGAGAUCCACCCGGGGUCCGCGCGUCCGUCAUGGUCCUCCCCAACAGCAGCAGCACGCCCGCAUCCGACCUGGAGGCCCAGCAGGCCGCGGCGCAUCGCGAGGCCUCCCCGUCCGCCCUCAACGACAAGAGCGGCCUGCACCUCGGGAAGGCCGGCCACCACCACCGGUCCUACGCGUUAUCCCCCCACACGGUCAUCCAGACCACACACAGUGCUUCAGAGCCUCUCCCCGUGGGACUGCCGGCCACCGCCUUCUACGCGGGCACUCAGCCCCCGGUCAUCGGCUACCUGAGCGGCCAGCAGCAGGCGAUCACCUACGCAGGCAGCCUGCCCCAGCACCUGGUGAUCCCUGGCACCCAGCCCUUGCUCAUCCCAGUGGGCAGUCCGGAUAUGGACACCCCGGGGGCAGCCUCCGCCAUCGUCACCACGUCGCCUCAGUUCGUCACCACCGCCCUGCCCAAGAGUGACAACUUUAACCCCGAGGCCCUGGUCACCCAGGCUGCCUACCCAGCCAUGGUCCAGGCUCAGAUCCACCUACCCGUGGUCCAGUCGGUGGCCUCGCCCGCCGCGGUGCCGCCCACGCUGCCACCCUACUUCAUGAAAGGCUCCAUCAUCCAGCUGGCCAACGGGGAGCUGAAGAAGGUGGAGGACUUGAAGACGGAAGACUUCAUCCAGAGCGCGGAGAUAAGCAACGAGCUGAAGAUCGACUCGAGCACGGUGGAGAGGAUCGAGGACAGCCACAGCCCCGGGGUGGCGGUCAUACAGUUCGCCGUCGGGGAGCAUCGGGCACAGGUCAGCGUUGAAGUGUUGGUAGAGUAUCCAUUCUUCGUGUUUGGACAGGGCUGGUCAUCCUGCUGUCCAGAGAGAACGAGCCAGCUCUUUGAUUUACCAUGUUCCAAACUCUCAGUUGGGGACGUCUGCAUCUCGCUCACCCUCAAGAACCUGAAGAAUGGCUCUGUUAAAAAGAGCCAGCCCGUGGAUCCUGCCAGCGUUCUGCUGAAACACGCCAAGCCCGACAGCCUGGUGGGCAGUAGACACAGGUAUGCCGAGCAGGAAAACGGAAUUAAUCCCGGAAGUACCCAGGUACUCUCUGAGAACGGUGAACUGAAGUUUCCAGAGAGAACAGGAUUGCCUGCAGCAUCCUUCCUCACCAAAACAGAACCCAGCAAGCCCACAGCCACGAGGAAGAGGAGGUGGUCAGCACCCGAGACCCGCAAACUGGAGAAGUCAGAAGAUGAGCCACCUUUGACUCUUCCCAAGCCUUCUCUAAUUCCUCAGGAGGUUAAGAUCUGCAUUGAAGGCCGCUCCAACGUGGGCAAGUAGAGGCCGAGGCCUGGCAGAGGAGGUGUGGCUCCCCUCUCCAUUUGUAUCCAGAUUACUGUACUGUAGGUUAAAUAACAGUAUUUCCAUGUUACUCUCUUCCUUUAGGUUUCUGUUCUAACCUUGUCAUUAGAGUUACAGCAGGUGUGUUUGCAGGAGGCUAGUGCAUAUGGUUCAUCUGCAGUGUCCGUGGGGAGAAGGUGGGUGGAGGGUCUGUCAGAGCAGAGGCCACCACGCUGGCAUCCAAAGUGGCAUUGCGUGUGACGUCACCUGUGCCUGCCUUCCCCAGCUGCAUGGAGGCAUCAUCCUGUGUGUACCGCCUCCCGCUAGUCUCCAGAGCGAGUUCAGUGGGAAGACACCUGCGAAGGGUUGGUGGGGGGUGCACGAUGCCACGGGCAGUGAGUGAGGGUCUCUCUCUUUUCUCUGCCUCCCUCUCAGAAUAGGGAUUGGGGGAGGUUCAGAGCAGUGUCCCCCUGGGGUUCCCAUUGUGUAAAAUCAACACCAAGAACCCAGCUUCAGGGCAUGAAAGGGAAAGAGGCAUCAGAUGGCAAGAUGGAAAGCUAGCCGGUUCAAAGAACAUUUUUCUCUCCAACAUAUUUUACAAUAAA